CAACACAUACCAUACAAUACAAAAACUUUCGAGAGAGAGAGAUAGAGCACCAGCUGCGUUACCAGAAAACGGCAACAGCAGCAAGAAAAUGAAGAGUCUGUUCAAGUCGAAGCCCAAGACCCCUGCUGACCUUGUUCGUCAGACCCGUGAUCUCCUUAUAUAUGCCAACCGGAACCCGGAUACUCGCGAAACCAAGCGCGAAGAAAAGUUGAUGGAGUUAACUAAGCUUAUACGGGAGUUAAAGUUAAUCCUUUAUGGGAAUAGUCAAUCUGAGCCAGUUUCGGAAGCUUGUGCACAAUUGACUCAGGAGUUCUUUAAAGAGAAAGAGAACACGCUACGUCUAUUGAUUAUUUGUCUUCCAAAGUUGAACUUAGAGGCCCGUAAAGAUGCCACUCAGGUUGUUGCAAAUCUGCAAAGGCAACAAGUUCAGUCACGGCUGAUUGCUUGCGAUUACUUGGAAGCAAACUUAGAUUUAAUGGAUAUAUUAAUAUCAGGUUACGAGAACACGGACAUGGCUUUGCAUUAUGGUGCAAUGUUGAGGGAAUGCAUACGCCAUCAGAGUGUUGCGAGGUAUGUCUUGGAUUCGGAGCAUAUCAAGAAGUUUUUUGAUUAUAUACAACUCCCAAAUUUUGACAUUGCUGCUGAUGCUGCUGCAACAUUCAAGGAACUCUUGACAAGGCAUAAAUCAACUGUAGCUGAAUUUCUUUCGAAAAAUUAUGACUUGUUUUUUGCAGAGUAUAACUCGAAGCUGCUUGAAUCUACCAAUUACAUUACCAGGCGGCAAGCUAUCAAGCUAUUGGGUGAUAUCUUACUGGAUCGUUCAAACUCAGCUGUCAUGAUGCGAUAUGUAACAUCUAGAGACAACUUGAGGAUUCUUAUGAAUCUUCUAAGAGAGUCAAGCAAGAGCAUUCAGAUUGAAGCAUUUCAUGUUUUCAAGUUAUUUGCUGCCAAUCAAAAUAAGCCCCAAGAUAUUGUUGGCAUCCUUGUCGCAAAUAGAAGCAAGCUUCUUCGUUUGUUUGCCGAUUUUAAGUUAGAUAAAGAGGAUGAACAGUUUGAGGCAGACAAAGCCCAAGUUGUCAGAGAAAUUGCUGCUCUUGAACCCAAAUAGCGUCCACGAAGGCUGCUUAGUCAGUUGGAUUAGCGGUCAUGGUAGUGUUACACGAUGUAAUAUCUGUAGGUUGUGUUUCAUUUUAUAACUAAUCUAUUUGUGAAUUAAUAGGUCUCAUAGUCCCUCCUGGUCAUGAAGGCACUUAUUACUAGACGCCCUUUACUUUUUCUCAAUAUGUUUUCUACUUCGUCUUUUGAGCUUGUGUAGAAUCUAUUAUCUAGCUUUUGCAUUUCAAAUAUGAAUAUAAUCUAGGAGGAGAUAGGAAGAAAGUAGAUGAAAGUGGUUUUCCACUAGUGUAAUUCUGUACAUGGCAGGUACCAGUUUAUCUGUGCUGUGCAUGAUGCAAACCAAGCAGC